AUGUCAAACAACAACGCCACCGACGACAACAUGACGUUUGUGAAUGAAUACGAGUACCAGGCCUUCACAGACCCGCCCCUUGAGGAACUAAUACCCGUGUCAGUGGUGUAUGGGAUAACACUGGUUCUCGGCAUGGUCGGUAACAUCCUCGUCAUUUUCUCCGUCACAAGGUACCAGCAGAUGAUGACCACCACCAACACGUUCUUGCUGAGCCUAGCAACGGCGGACCUCCUUUUGGUGUUAAUUUGCGUACCAGUUAAGUUUGCAGCGUUCUUCUCCUACAUGUGGCGCUUUGGGGAGUUCCUGUGCAAGUUCGUUCACUACAUCCAAAAUGUGUCCACUGUCUGUUCCGUUGCUACGCUGACAUUUAUGAGUCUGGAAAGAUAUUAUGCCAUUGUUCAUCCGAUGAGAGCAAAAUACUCCUGCACGGUUGGAAAAGCACGGAAGAUAUGUGCGCUGCUGUGGGUACUGUCCUUCCUUUUGGCAUUGCCUAUUCUAAUUGGACGGGUUCACAUUACUGUCGGGCUCUUUCGUAAAGCUACAUGGUGCAUCAAAGAAUGGACGUCCCCAGCAUAUAGCAUUACGUAUGAAGUCUACAUGAACUGCAUUAUUCUUGUCCUACCAGCAACAAUAAUGACAUUUGCCUACGUGAAAAUAUGCCAGGAGUUAUGGUUCAUGACCAACGCACGCAAUCUCAUGCGCAGCGAAUCGCGAUCAUCAUCUGGUUCGAAAUACAGUACCAAGGGUCAAGGCUCUGCAUUGAAGGUCGUCAAGUUUGUCGAUGAUGACAUCACGAAAAAACAGGUCGUUAAGAUGCUGGUUGCUAUUAUUGUAAUAUUUGUCUUGUGCUGGGCACCUAUAUCAAUCAACAACCUGCUGGUAGCCUUCAGGAUCGUACCACCUCUACAUGUUGGAAUCGUUAAAUACUUGAGGGAAGCUUUCCAUAUCAUGGCCUACGCAAACAGUUGUGUUAACCCGGUUGUGUACGGUUUCAUGUCAAAGAAUUUUAGACAAACAUUUCAGAAGUCUCUAUGCGGCUGCAUACGAGGUCAGGACUAUGUCAGGCGUCAGGUUUUCAAAAGCCAAACAGAGGUGUCUUUUCUCAGCUACGACUCUUACCCUAGUCGACAUUGGAAUAAUAUUGCAGAAAGCAAGUCGAUGCUAUCCAACCAAUCAACUGUUGAUGAAGAUGAAAUACUAGACAUCGAGAGCAGCAAGGAAACUGACAAUCUGCGGGAGGCAGUGACUGGAAUAUGA